AUGCAAUCCCAAAAUAAUCAAUAUCUCUAAUUUGUAGGAAAACCACAUGUCACUGCAGUCAUUGCAGGAGGAAGGAGAAGAGUAAAUUAUACAUUCGAAGAUAAAAGUGAACUUGUUGAAGAAUAUGAUAUCAACAAUCAUGAAUUAAUUAGUAAAUUUUGAAUAAUAAGUAAUAACAGCUAGAAAAUGGAAAAAGGUAUCUAAUAUUAAAGAAUCAUAAUGGGUUUAUGAAGUUGGCGAAGCUCCAAUUGAUCAAUAAAGCGAAUUGAAAUUAUCUAAUGCAAAUGUAACCAUUAUUAUACUAAAUAAAGCCUAUAUUUUUAAGGAAGGAUACUCCUCAGCACUUCUAAUUUAGAGUCCGCAAUCUGAGUUAUCCAGAAGAUGUUUACCAAAUGGAAAUUGAUGAAAAAACUCAAGAAAUUGUGAUUAAAACAACAAAUAAGAAAUAUUAUAAAAGAUUUGCUAUUCCUGAUAUGAGGAGAGCAAAUCUCAAGCUCGAAUAAGGGAAGGUUACUCACGUUUAUAAGAACAAUACUCUAAUUGUGUCUGUAAAGAAUCCUUAUAUAUUUAUUAGUACCCAAAACCAGAUUAAAUACUAGAGAGAGAAUAUUAAAUUAGAUAAGAAUUCGAUAAAUUAAACAAGAAGAAACCUAAGGAAGGUGAUUUAGAGUGUGUAUAACAAUGA